AUGWCUUCGGGAAUCGCUACCGAGCGGAAGAGGGCCUUGUCGAAGGACCUCCCUCAGCCACUGUCAGUCAACACCGGCUACGAGAGUAUCACGAACCUCAUGCACGGCAUCGCAAAUGCCUUCACCUCAAACUCCGCAACCGCCGAUUCCACUAUGCCGGAAGCGAGCAAUGGCGAGAUUAGCUGUUGGCUGGUAGACACGCGCACUCUAUGGCCUGGCAAGGACAUUUGGUCGGCUCCAGGAGCAACAGAGGCAAUGUCUCUCAUAUCCAUGCAGGAACAAAAGGCCAUAUCCACCAAGAUGUUCAUCCAAGAUGCUCGGAUGAGCCUGGCAAGUGCACUGAUCAAGCGUCUUUACAUCUCCAAGACUUUGGAUAUCCCCUGGAAGGACGUGGUGUUGGCGAGAAAGGGAGACCAGAAGCAYGGGAAGCCUUGUGCUGUCGACGGGCAGGGACGACCAAUCGAGGGCAUUGACUUCAACGUAUCACACCAGGCAGGCUUGGUUGCCCUCGUAGGAUGGAACGGCAAUACACGGCGAAAGUAUGACGCGGGCGGUGGAAUUGAGGGCAGUCUGGGCAGUCCGGAUAAAGAGACUUUUGAGUCAGAUGUCAUGGUUGGCGUGGACAUAGUCUGUGUGAAUGAGCGGGACGACUACCGGACGAUCGACGCCGAGGGCAUAAAUGGCUGGGUGGACAUUUACGACUUUGUCUUCAGCGAUGAGGAGAGGUUCAGUAUGAAGUAUGAUGUCGACUAUGUUCCGCUCGAUGAUGGAUCAAUCCUGAGCAAAGAGGACAUUGGCCGACACGACAGGUGCACGCAUCGUAACAAGAACAUAGCCCUGAGGACCAUCGCCGGAAAGAACGUGUCGUUCGACUCGAGAGCGAUUAUCGAUUCGAAGCUCCGCCGUUUCUAUACCUAUUUUUGCUACAAGGAAGCCUACAUCAAGCUUGCCGGAGAAGCACUCCUCGCACCUUGGUUGAAGCAUCUGGAAUUCAACAACGUACGGAGUCCGAAACCAACACUCGACAAUGCUUCUGGAAAGUGGGGAGAAGAAGUCAACGACGUGGAAGUCCACCUCAAUAAGAAAGAUGUAGAAGAUGUGCGGAUGAACAUCGUGGCAUUUGAGAAAGAUUUUAUGCUUUCAACCGCGAUUCAAGGGGAUGUCAAGAGUAUGCAGAUACCAGCAUUCACGAUGAUCGACUUGCGCCGCGACAUUCUGUCGUACGCCCACAGGUACCUGAAUGUUACCACACCGGUGGAACAAAGGUGA